AUGAUUCAAGUCCCAGGUGGAGAUCCCAGCCCAGCUCUACAGCUCAGCUCAGCUCCAGCUCCAGCUCCAGCUAGCUACGAGCUAUCUGGCACGGCCCGACAAAACGCAAAACCCGGGACCGAGACCAAGACCGAGAGUCAGACACCCACUGCGAAAAGCGAGAUGCCAAUAAUCGCGCAGGGCAUUGCGCAGCGGACAGUUGCGUCGAUCAUGUGGAGAACAUUCGCCGGAUUGGGGGUGGACUUGGACGGUGCGGUGAUGGUUGCGGGUUGUGUCGAUGUAACGUCGAUCAUUGUGGGACGGGAAUAG